AUGGCGUCACAGCAGAGCGGCGCUGCCGUUAUCCCCAAGAAGCGGCUCAUUGUGAAUGCCUUUGUCGAGAUGUGCAGCGGCCACCAGUCGCCCGGCCUCUGGAGACACCCAGACGACGAGUCGUCGCGCUUUGAUGAGAUCAGCCACUGGGUGGAGCUGGCCAAGCUGCUCGAGGAGGCCAAGUUUCACGGCAUCUUCAUUGCCGACGUCUUGGGCGGCUACGACGUCUAUAAGCACUCGCUCGAGCCCGCCAUCGUGUCUGGUGCCCAAUGGCCCGUGACCGAGCCGCUGUCGAUCGUGUCUGCCAUGGCUGCCGUCACCAAGAACAUUGGCUUUGGCGUGACCGUCUCGACUACGUACGAGCAGCCCUACCACUUGGCUCGUCGCCUGUCGACUGUCGACCACCUGACCAAGGGCCGGCUCGGCUGGAAUAUCGUCACCAGCUACCUUGACUCGGCUGCCCGCAAUCUAGGCCGAGCCGAACAGCCUGCUCACGCCGACCGCUACUCCCAGGCGGAGGAGUACAUCCGGAUCAUGUACAAGCUGUUCCAGUCGUCGUGGCGUGACGACGCCGUGCGUCUGGACCGCAAGGCUGGCAUCUACACGGAUCCGGCCGCUGUCCGGCCGAUCGACCACGCCGGCCAGUGGUUCAACGUCCCAGGCCCACACAUUGUGCACCCGAGCCCGCAGCGGACGCCGUUGCUGCUGCAGGCCGGCACUUCGCCGGCCGGCCGCAAGUUUGCCGCCCAGCACGCCGAGGCCAUCUUUGUGUCGGCACAUGCGCCGGCCGUCGUGGCUGCCAGCAUCGCCGACGUCCGCCGUGCCGCCCGCGACGACUAUGGCCGUGAUCCCAGCCGCAUCAAGGUCCUGGCCCUCGUCACUCCUAUCCUCGGUCACACCGCCGCUGAGGCUGCUGCCAAGCUCGCCGACUACCGCCGCUAUGCCGACGCCGACGGCGCUCUCGCCCUCUUCGGCGGCUGGACUGGCAUCGAUCUCGACCGCUACGGCGACGACCAGGAACUUCGCGAGGUCGACAGCAACGCCGUCCGCUCUACCGUCGAGGGCUACGCCCGCUUCGCCCCUACCAUCGGCCCUGAUGGCGCCAAGACAAACGGCCGCUGGACCAAGCACACCGUUGCCGAACACGUCAGCAUCGGCGGUAAUGGGCCCCUCCUCGUUGGCACCGCUGCCCAGGUUGCCGAUGCCCUCGAGGCCUGGGUUGCCGAGGCCGACGUGGACGGCUUCAAUUUUGCCUACGCACUCUUCCCCCAAUCCUUCAAGGACAUCAUCGAUCUGCUCCUCCCAGAGUUGCGCCGUCGCGGCCUCUUUUGGGAUGAUUAUGCUGUUCCGGGCGGCACCUAUCGUGAGAACUUCUAUGAGACCAAGGGCCAGGCGCACCCGCUCAAGGAGCACGUGGCUGCUUCUUUCCAGUGGCGUGCAGGUGUGCCUGCUAGCGAGCACCAAAUUCCCAAGUAG